AAACUUCUCCCCAAAAAAACCCAGCAUAACGUGGCACUUCCCAAAAAUGCCCCACACAAAUAGCACACGUGCCAUUCUUUCUGGCAAUGCAGCAGAGUAGAGCUGUGAAAAGGGCAGACAUAGGACAAGCUAGAGGCCUGCAGUCUGCGGACAUCACACCACCAGGUGUGUUUGAGGGAGAGGAGUCCCAAUUCCAUCACCACAAGAAUACCCCCCGGGGUCUCACUGUCUGCAUGCAAUUCUUUGCCACAACACCUAAUCUGCAUCUCCAUAGACGAGAAGGGUAAUAAUGGUGGCCUAAUACUCUUCUUAAAGGUACACUUCAGCAAUCAUAUGCACUUUAAUGGACAAGUUUAUACUUGAAUGUAGGCAGGAAAUGUGCUUUUAUUUACUACCACCAUCUUAGCACCGUUUUUGUUCAGAGAUCUUUCCUUCUGAUAUUUUGAUGGCUGCAAUAACAUCCUAGUGGUGGCUCUUGAUAUAAGAAAAGAAAGUACUUGAAGGGAAUGUCCAUGCUUUCUGUGUAAUGGUACGUAUGAUGAAGUGGGGACAUGCCAAGAUAUGCUAUUUUGGAAUCCUCCUAUUAUGCGUAAAUGAAAGUAUUAAAGCAACAGGCAUGUGGCUAUUUAAUCAUAAGUAAAAUAUUCAAUUCCUUGAUGUCCUGCUAACAUGAUUGUGGCUCUCCUCCUUUAUUUUCCUGAUCCAGCAUUGAGUGCCUCGUUUUUCCUGUUUUUCUUUGAUAUUGCAGGGCCUUGCCAGUAAUGUACGCCAUCACACUUGACUUGCGGAUUUUCGCUAACAGUAUCAGCAGCUGGUAAAGAAAGGAAAAGGCAAACUUGGGGAUAUGCUAGAAAAGGCUGCCGAGCUCUUGAUGAGUUGCUUCAGAGUAUGUGCAAGCGAUACACGAGCAGCUUUUGAGGACUCAAAGAAGUGGGGAAUGUUAUUUUUAGUGAAUCAGCUUUUCAAGAUUUACUUCAAGAUCAGCAAACUUCACUUGUGCAAACCCUUAAUACGAGCCAUUGAGAGUUCCAAUUUCAAGGAUGAAUAUGCCAUGGCACAGAGGGUUACGUAUAAGUACUACGUUGGGCGCAAAGCCAUGUUUGACAGUGAUUUCAAGAAAGCUGAGGAAUACCUUUCCUUUGCCUUUGAAAACUGCCACUCCUCCAGCCAGAAGAAUAAAAGAAUGAUUCUAAUCUACUUGUUGCCUGUGAAGAUGCUACUGGGACACAUGCCAACUAUUCACCUCCUGAGAAAAUAUGAUCUGAUGCAGUUUGUGGAAGUCACCAAGUCUGUUAGUGAGGGAAAUCUCCUCUUGCUGACGGAGACUUUGGCCAAGCAUGAGACUUUCUUUAUUCGUUGUGGCAUCUUCUUGAUUCUGGAGAAGCUGAAAAUCAUCACAUACAGGAAUCUCUUUAAGAAAGUGUAUCUGCUGUUGAAAACCCACCAGCUUUCUCUAGAUGCUUUUUUGGUUGCCUUAACAUUUAUGCAGGUGGAAGGUGUGGAUAUUGAUGAAGUGCAGUGUAUUAUAGCUAACCUCAUUUACAUGGGCCAUAUCAAAGGCUACAUAUCUCACCAGCACCAAAAACUUGUGGUCAGCAAACAAAAUCCAUUCCCACCACUGUCAACAAUUAGUUAAACUCAGCCUAGAGAUCUUGGAAUCCUACCUGAU